UCCCUUUCCCAGGCAGUGACAGGAAUGCCACUGAAGCUUGGCCAUAGUAACCUAGCUGCUGCCUGUCCCUGCAGGAGGGCAGCUGGAGCUUCAUGGGAACAUCACGGCUUUGGUGUGUUUCUCCGGCCACCGCAUGAGUACGUCCUCCCCCAGCAAUGGCCUCGCAGCCCACACCGGCAUGGGUGCUGCUGCUCAGCCUGCUGGCCAGCUGCCUGCCAGCCGUGCAGCCCAGGGACUUCACCGUGAAGGACAUUGUCUACCUCCACCCUUCCACCACACCAUAUCCUCAUGGAUUUAAGUGUUUCACCUGUGAAAAGGCAGCAGAUAAUUAUGAAUGCAACCGAUGGGCUCCGGAUGUCUAUUGUCCAAGAGGUACAAGAUACUGUUUUAGCCAACAUAUGAUGAAAGUUACUGGGGAGAGUGUAUCUGUCACCAAACGCUGUGUACCAUUAGAGGACUGUCUAUAUACAGGAUGCACAUAUGUAAAGCAUGAAGGAUACAAGAUCUGCACCUCGUGCUGUGAAGGAAGCAUCUGCAACUUGGCCCUACCAAGGAACACAACAGAUGCUGUAUUUACAACUCUCUCCCCCCUCAAUAAAACACAGAGACUUUCACAUCCUGCCCUGCUGACAGCAGUGUGUCUCUGGCUGGGGUUGAUCUCACAGCACUGGGCCAUGCUGCCGGAUCCAGGCAGCUGAGCUGGGUGAGAACAUCUGUGUGAACAUUCAACCUCUCCCUACAGAGCCUGUGGUUUGGAGUUGUCUUUGGAACUGGUUUUCCUCCUGAUUUCUUGCUAACGAUGAACUAGUGAGCCUGGGAUCUAGAUGUAUUUGAAGGGUGUAAACCCCACCCCUACUUCUCUACUGUUCUCUGCAGAAACUCAUGCAAGAUGUUCCCAGAAUCCAUGGCCGAGAUGGAUGCAUGCACUUUUCUUAAUGUCUAUCUUUAAACGUACUAUAUUGCUGACAGUAUCAUCACUUACUCAUUUGAAACUUUCUCAUUAUAAUUUGUCAGAGCACUGACUCUGGUGUCUCAUUAACCUCUUCUGAAAACACACGGUAAAUAAUACACAGUCAGUAUGUUUUUGCAGUAUCCCCACAUCUCUUGCUCCUCUCUGAGCCGGCAGGAGUUUGUAGCAAGGCAGCAGUAGCUGGGUGGGAUAAAGUCAAGGGAGCAGCAGCAGCCUGGAUCAGGCUAGUGUCAUGCACAGAAGCUUCCUCAAAGGUUGUCCACCAGCAGCAUGAAGAGCCACUCCCACAACAGCACACACAGAAAAUCACUGUGGUUUACAAACUGUACUGGAGAACCUCUAAAACCUCUGUUUCUGAGGCAUGGUUAGAGGGGAAGAGGGUGUGUGGCCUCUGAGCCUCAACUGCAAGGAGGAAAGGUUAUGGGGAGCUGGUGGGUGUCCCAGUGGAGAUGCUGGUGCUUACCGAGCCAAAGGGUUCUCGGUGUUCUGGGGCUUUAAGUUUUCUGACACUACUAGAUACAGCUGUAUUUUGGUGACCUGUGUUGCUUGUUUUGCUCGGAAAUCAUCUAUGCAAUAUUUAUUUUUGUAUGUUGAGUAGGUUCUAAAGUGUUUAAAAGAUUCUUAAUACCUAUAUUGCCAGGCAAAAUGGUUGUUUUGCAAGUCAAUAAGCCUGUAAUAUAUAAAUGAUCAUAAAUAUAUAUAUAUAUAUAUAAAGUUCUUAAUUUUUAAAAGUCAACUUUGUUUGCAAGGUCAGUAAUAAAAGC